UUUUCUUUCCACAGAAUAGUUGCAACCUCUUUCUUUAUAUACGUACGCUCUUCUUCUCCAAAUCGAAGAGCAGGACACCACACAUCAGUGCACUGCAUCCACCCACCAUCAGUAUUCCUCUCUUCUCCAAUUCAGACACUCACUUCUCCGGCCAUGCCUCCCUUGAGCUGCAUACUAUUACUCGCGCAGGGGCUUCUUCUCUUCUCUUCCCUGCACACUCCCUCAUGUUCCGCCGCCACAAAAGGUGACACUCUCAUGGCAGGCCAAGUGCUCGCUGUCGGUGACAAGCUCGUCUCAAGGAACGGCAAGUUUGCGCUCGGCUUCUUCCAGCCAGAGCCAACAGGCAUCAUCAGUAAGCCCACCGUCAACACCGCCACAACCUCCUCCUCCCCCGGCUGGUACCUUGGCAUAUGGUUCAAUAAGAUCCCUGUUUUUACUACUGUCUGGGUUGCCAAUAGGGAGAAGCCCAUCGCUGAUCCCGAGCUCAAGCUAACACAGCUCAAAAUCUCAAGAGAUGGCAACCUUGUCAUCAUCUUAAACAAUGCCAGUACUGAAUCCAUAAUCUGGUCCACUACUAUUGUCAAUAGGACGACACAAACCAGCACAAACGCGACUAGUGUUGUGCUCAUGAACACUGGAAACCUAGCCCUUAUAGCAGAAAGCCCAUCUAGUAAUAUUCUGUUAUGGCAGAGCUUUGACUACCCUGUAGAUGUUGGGCUUCCGGGCGCCAAGUUAGGCUGGAAUAAGGUCACUGGUUUGAAUCGUCAGUACAUCUCAAAGAAGAGCUUGAUUGAUCCGGGUCUUGGCUCGUACAGCAUUGAACUAGACACCGACGGGGUGGUGCUCCUCAGGCGCCACUACCCCCCCUCUGUAGUGUAUUGGUCUUGGUCAGCCGGAAAAUUAUCGUAUGAACUUAUACCAGUACUCAAGUCUCUGCUAAACAUGAAACCACAGACCAAAGGUUUGUUUAACCCCUUAUAUGUCGAGAACAAUGAAGAAAAGUACUUCACGUACACCUUAUUGAAUGAAUCAUCCUCCACAUUUGUCUCCAUAGACAUCUCUGGUCAGAUCAAGCUGAAUGUUUGGUCACAAGUCAGACAGUCUUGGGAAACCAUAUAUGCCGAACCUGAAGUUCCUUGCCUGGUGUCUGCUACCUGUGGACCCUUCACGAUUUGCAAUGAUAAGUCGAGCCCAUUCUGUGACUGUAUGGAAAGCUUCUCUCAGAAGUCACCUCGGGAUUGGGAGCUUGGUGAUCGAACCGGAGGGUGCGUCAGAAAUACUCCGUUAGAUUGCACAGCUAGUAAGAAAAACACAAGUUCAACAGACAUGUUCCACCCCAUAGCUCGUGUCACAUUGCCCCUUGACUCCCAAACCAUUGGAGGUGCUACCACUCAGAACAAAUGUGCAGAAGCGUGUCUCAAUGACUGCUCCUGCACUGCUUAUUCCUAUAAUAACAGCAUAUGCUCAGUCUGGCAUGGGAAAUUGCUUAAUGUAAACCUGAAUGAUGUUACUGAUAUUACUGCUGAAGAUGUUCUUUACCUUCGCCUUUCCGCCAAAGAUUUGCAAAGUUUGAGAGAAGACAACAAAAGAAAACCAAAUGUUGGAGUUAUUGUCGCUACUGCAAGCAUUACUAGUUUUGGGUUACUAAUGCUCAUAUUGUUGUUAAUGGUUUGGAGGAACAAAUUCAAGUGGUUUGGUGUGCCAUUACACGGCACUCACGGUAGUGGUGGAAUUGUAGCCUUGAGAUACACCGAUUUAUGUCAUGCUACUAAAAAUUUCUCAGAGAAGCUGGGAGGAGGUGGCUUUGGUUCUGUAUUCAAGGGAGUGUUAAGUGAUUCGACUUCUAUAGCAGUGAAAAGGCUUGAUGGUGCCCGUCAGGGAGAGAAACAAUUCAGGGCUGAGGUGAGCUCAAUUGGAUUGAUCCAACAUAUCAACCUAGUCAAAUUGAUUGGUUUCUGUUGUGAAGGUGAUAAGAGGCUACUUGUGUAUGAACACAUGUUAAAUGGGUCUCUGGAUGCACACCUAUUUCAGAGCAGUUCUACUGUCCUAACUUGGAUCACCAGGUAUCGAAUAGCCAUAGGAGUUGCUAAAGGAUUAUCCUACUUGCAUCAGAGUUGCCGCGAAUGCAUCAUACACUGUGAUAUUAAGCCACAAAACAUACUUCUCGAUGCAUCAUUUGUUCCUAAAAUUGCAGACUUUGGGAUGGCAACGAUUGUAGGACGGGAUUUUAGUCGAGUUCUAACUACAUUUAGAGGAACUGCAGGGUAUCUUGCCCCAGAAUGGCUUAGCGGAGUUGCUAUUACACCAAAAGUUGAUGUUUACAGUUUUGGUAUGGUAUUGUUGGAAAUCAUAUCAGGAACGAGGAAUUCACAUGAAGUAUACACUAGCAGCAGUUGUCAUGUUGCUUAUUUCCCUGUGCAAGCCAUCAACAAGCUUCAUGAGGGAGAUGUGCAGAGUUUGGUGGAUCCACAGUUACAUGGUGACUUCAAUUUGGAAGAGGCAGUUAGGAUUUGCAAAGUUGCAUGUUGGUGCAUCCAAGAUAAUGAGUCUGAUCGGCCGACAAUGGGUGAAGUGGUCCAGGUUCUUGAGGGUCUACAGGAGCUUGAUAUGCCCCCAAUGCCAAGACUACUUGCAGCUAUAACGAAAUGCUCUGAUGUAGCUUGAGUGUAAUAAUUCAAAAAUACUUUGUAGUCGAUGUUACUAGUCUUUUUUUUAGCAAAGUUUAAAGUUCUAAUUGUUAGGAAUUUUGGAUACAUGGAAAAAACCCUCCAAUACAGAGGUAAUAAACCACGAGAGACAAAUCUCUAUUAAGUUGGUACUAUCCAACACUAAUGUGGAGUGGAAGUAAUAAAAGGAGGCAAGCUUCUAAUUGCUAAGUUGUAUCGUAGGGUUCAUUGUGGUAUGACUUAUGGAUUAAUGAAAGUAUUGAAGUCCUACGUGGAUUUGUAUUGCAUAGUAUUCAUAUGUGUGAUAUUGCGUUGCAGUAAUCUUUCAUAUACCAUUUGGUUGUGAUGAAUUGCAUGCAAAUGUUUGAAUAAUCUUAUCAAUUGUAGAAGUUAUGUGGUUACGAGUGGGUUAUUCUUAAUACUGUCAUUUAUUAUUAUUAUAACUUGAACUCUAUUCAUGAUGUUUUGGAUGAUGAUAUUUUCUUAGAAGUCCUAUUUAACUCUUAGAAGUUAAAGUCAAUUAUAGAUGUUGAUAUCAUUUAAUAUAUGAUAGAUAGUUUUUUUAUCUGGCUUAUGUUAUAUUUAUGUUUGCUAUGAACAUAUUUUUAUUGGUCUACUUUUAGAAGUAACAGUUUAACCCUGUUAAAAAAAAUGAACAUGAUGAAUAAUGUAAUUGCAUCCACUUGUUUCUGCUCGAUUACGGUUGUCAAUUGUUGUCAAUAUAAUUAACCUCACUUGUGUUGUGCGUUGUGGUAGUAGAACUCUGAUGAGAGCCGUUUCUUGCUCGCUAUUGAUGUUUCUGCUAAUUGGAAUAUCCUACCCGUGUUAUCUUCUUGAAGCUAGUUUGGAGGGAAGAGCUUAGCAGCACGUCUUACACACUCAUGACAUCACUUACACUAUUCAAAGUAAUGUUACAGUAAUAAUGUAAUAGAUGCUGGUGUCGUUGCUUAACUAUCUUAAAUAUGCCAUAGAGUGGUCAAGUUCUUGUUCUUCUCUUUUACUAGGAUAUUGUUAAAUGUUGGUGUGAUGUUAUUUCAUAACAUAUACAUCUAUCUGCUGUUGCUUUCGUGUUGCCUCUCGUUUUAAGAGAGAUACUGCCGAAAUAUAUAUAUAUAUAGUUCGAUAUGCUUGAAGCGUAGUUAAAUAGCAUUCCAGAUUUCUAUGGGACCCUAGGAUGUUACAUUAUGCGUAUAUACUCCAUAGAUAGAUAUUCGACAACUAAGCAUUUGAAGUUUGAAUCUCUUAUAAAGUCUAUCAACCUAGUUAAGUACUAGUUCCAACUCACAAGCCGGCAAUGAUUUUCUUUGAUGAAGAAUAGUUACAUCAUUACAUGGGAUAACUUCUGCUUAUUAUCAAAUCUAUCUUGUAAGCAAUACACAGACAACAAGCAUGAAAAGAUACAACUUUGGUGGGUUGGAAAAGAGCUAGCAAUGGGCAAGAAGCUAUCUGACUACUUUGGUGUAUCUUGGAGUCAGUAAAAGCUUGGUUUCAGUGUUUGUUUUCUGUAUAGAGAUUUUUUUUUCUUUUAGAUCAUUCUGUAUGGAGAACUGGAACAUGGUAAAUUGUUUAAAAGGAGACACUGGAAUAUCAUUCGAUUUCUUA